AUGGCUGGAUUGAAGCGUGCUGUUGACGGCAGCGAGGAGCGCAAUGGCAAGCGGAGCAAGACUAAGGAAGGCUCCGCAUCGAAGUCAAAGUCCGUGAAGUCAAACUCUUCAUCUAAGAAGGACCCCAAGAAGGAUUCUAAAUCCAGCAAGAAAGACAAGAAGCCCUCGAAGAAGGUCCAGAAGGACGAAUCCGAGGACGACGAUGACUUCGACAUUGACGAUGUCUCCGACGAAGAUAUUGAUGCCCUUGAUGCUCUUUCAGACGAUGAGAUGCCCGAUGUGAGCGAGGAGGAGGAGAAGAAGCCCAAGGAAAACAAUUGGAAAAAGACUGUUCCGGAAGACGGAGAGCAGAAAGAGGCCGCCCCAAAGAACACAAACCCCAACCCCAACAGUAAGUUUCAAUUCUGCUUCCCUGACGGCGCCUCAUCUAAUCAUUAUUGCGCGCGUUUAGACUCCCGCGAAUCUCACAUCAAGCAAAAAGCACUCCAGCAGGAGCGCAAGGCCGCAAAGCCCAAUGCCGAUACUGUCGCCCGCUCCAAGAAGUUGUGGGAACAGUUGCGCCGCAAGUCCCACGUGCCUCUGGAGCAGAGAAAGAAGCUUGUCAAGGAGCUGUUUGAGAUCAUCACUACCCGCGUCCGGGACUUCGUGUUCAAGCACGACUCGGUGCGAGUCAUCCAGACUGCUCUGAAGUACGGAAACCUCGAGCAGCGCAAGCUUAUUGCGCAUGAGUUGAAGGGCACUUACAAGGAGCUGGCGCAAAGUCGAUACGCCAAGUUCUUGGUUGGAAAGUUGAUUGUCCACGGAGACGAUGAGACCCGCGACUUGAUCAUUCCAGAGUUCUACAGCCAUGUCAGACGUCUCAUUCGCCACCCCGAGGGCUCAUGGAUUCUCGACGACAUCUACCGCACAGUUGCGACCAGGGCACAGAAGGACAGACUCCUCCGCGAGUGGUAUGGUCCUGAGUUCGUUAUUUUCCAAGAUGAGAAGGAGACCACUUCUGAUCUCACCAAGAUCAUCGAAGCCCACCCCGAGAAGCGUGGACCCAUCAUGAACUACUUGCGCGAGCUGAUUAACCAGCUGGUCCAGAAGAAGAGCACUGGUUUCACCAUGCUUCACGAUGCUAUGUUGCAAUAUUUCCUCAACACAAAACCCGGCAGCAACGAAGCGAACGAGUUCAUCGAGUUGCUCAAGGGCGAUGAAGAGGGUGAUUUGGUCAAGAACUUGGCUUUCACCAAGUCCGGCUCCCGUUUGAUGUGUCUCUCGCUCGCAUACUCCAACGCUAAAGACCGCAAGCUGCUUCUACGAUUCUACCGCGACACCGUCAAGGCUAUGGCCGGCGAUGUCUACGGUCACCAGGUUAUCCUUGCCGCAUACGAGGUCAUUGAUGACACGAAACUUAGCUCCAAGUCCUUCUUCCCCGAGCUUUUGAACCAGAACGACGAUGCAGAGGCCCGCAACGAGGAACUUUGCUACCAGGUCAACGACUUGACCGCACGUAUCGCUGUGCUAUACCCCUUUGCCGGCGAACGCGUCAAGUGGCUCCUCCCCGAGGCCGACCAAACCGUCCUCGAAGAAGUUCGCGAGGUCCGCAAGGAAACCUCUAAGAAAGACCCGGCCAUCCGCCGCGGAGAACUCGUCAAGGCCGCUUCGCCCACACUGCUCGAAUUCAUUGCUGCCCGCGCCUCUACCCUCCUCGAGACGACCUUCGGCUGCCAGUUCCUCUCCGAGGUGCUGUUCGAAGCCGACGGUGACAAGAGCGCUGCUCUCGCGGCCGUGGCUGAGGCCGCCAAGUCGCACACCGAAGCCCGCGAUACCGCACACGCGGGACGUCUUCUCAAGUCUCUUGUGCAGGGUGGGCGAUUCAACCCGGCUACAAAGUCCAUCGAGAAGGUGGAGCCUGCGUUGAACUUCCACGAUGUGCUGUACGAGCAGAUCAAGGAUGAGGUCAUGGACUGGGCGACGGGGGCUAACCCCUACGUGAUUGUCGCGCUGGCCGAGUCAGAGGACUUUGAGAAGAAGGCCGAGCUGCUCAAGACUCUGAAGAAGAACAAGAAGGCGCUGGAGCAGGCCUCGGCGUCCGUCGUGAAGGACGGAAAGACGAAUCCCAGCCCGACUAGCAGUGGUGCGAAGUUGUUGCUUUCAAAGAUCUAG